AUGACGACCAUACAGGAGCUGCUGAUCGAGACGUGGGUCGAAUAUGGCAUCUCCACCGUCCUUGUCGGCAUGCGUCUCUUCACCCGCACCAAGAUGGUCGGCGGCCGCCUGCAGUGGGACGAUUACUUGAUGAUCCUCGCCUGGGCUUUCUUCACCAUGAUGACCGUGUGCGCCCACAUCGUCAGUCUCAACGGCGACAAUAGGGCCAUGACCAACGAGCAGCGCCUCUCGCUUCCACCAGCCGAGCGCGACGCCAAGAUCCUGGGCUCUAAAUUCUUCCUCUGCGGCCACAUCACCUAUGUGUCGACCAUGUGGACGCUGAAGCUCUGCAUGCUGCUUUUCUUCCAGCGCCUGACCCGGGGCCUCGCUGCCGAGAAGCUCAUCAAACCAGCCAUCGCCGUCGUAGCAACAACGUGGCUGGUCGAGUUUCUCACCCUUCUCCUGACCUGCCGCCCGGUGAGCCACAACUGGCAAAUCUAUCCGGAUCCUGGAAAGCUCUGCACGCACGAAAGCCCUGUGUGGUACAUCGUCCAGGUCGUCUUCAACGUCAUCACUGACGCCGUCAUCGUCCCGAUUCCCAUGCCGCUUGUCAUCAAGGCCAAGGUCUCGACAUUAAGAAAGCUCGGGCUCGUCGUCCUGCUCGGUGCUGGAAUUUUCGUGAUGGUGGCUGCAACUCUGCGGGUGGUCUUCGUGUUGAGCAACGCGGCGCCAUCCGAGCCGGCCAUCUGGGCGAUGCGCGAAUGCUUCGUGGCGACGUUUGUGGGCAAUGCGCCCAUGAUCCGUCCCAUGUUCACCAAAAAGUUCUACCAGGGCGGGUACCAGGACAACGACGUUUCGCACGGAUACACGAAUGGAUCGGUGCCGCUCGAUGCGUACGGCACGGCGGGCAGCAAGAAUGUCACCAACCGCUUUUUCGGGUCCAAGUCGGGCACGCAAGUCGACAUCGAGAGCGACAGCACCGAGAACAUCAUCGAGGCCGGCGGCUCCAAGUUGGAUCCUGGCUCCGAGUUUGGCAUUCGCGUGCAGCGCUCGGUUGCGGUCGAGUCGCAGGGCGCCCCGUCGACAUUGGGAGACGACGACAAAAAGCACCACUGGACGCCAUAG